CUGAAGGGAGCUAAAACUUGAGACGUGUUGAAACAUUUGCAUUCAUUGAUUUGGUUAUUUGCUCUUGAGAUACUCGGAGAGAUUCUACAGACGUGUGAUAAAACCUUUAUAUUUAUUUUCAACAAAUGUGUCAUACACUGUUCAUGGUUAUAUACAAAUAAUAAUUCUGUCUAAUAAGAGACCUUGCACCCCCCUUCGCUCUGUCCCUCUUGACUUGGUGACAGACCUAAAAGCCUUUUGUUGCCAUCUUAGCCAAUGGAGACGGAUGACGACAGCGGGCAGCUGAGAUAUAUAAAGAGCACCCUUUUUGACCGCUCUUGCACAUUUUCCAGUGACACUUCUGCACACUUACACACUUCCGUGGACUGAAACUUGUACAGACGACGCCAAAAGCAACCACCGUACCACACGUCAUCGGGCUUUUACGUUCAUCAGAUAGACAUUUUGUCAACUUGCAAUAAAGACACAUUGGAACGCACUUCUUGGCAACUUCUUGGUGUUGGAUUUAGAUGCCACUCUGGUAGGAUAAGGACAGGAGCGACGCACAGCCAAGAGAGUGGAUUUAACUGGUAACGUGAGUUAAACAACAAAAGGAAACAAGAAAAAAAAAAGUUGCAUUGCCUGGUGUCCGGGCAUCGUCAUGUCGGGGUAUAACUUCUUAUUGUGCUUGAUGGUGCUCAUUUCCCUGGGACAGUCGGGGAGCGAUGAGCCCAAUCUGCUGCUGCCUCCCGCCAGCGAGACGCCCACGGAUGCCGGCCUGUCGCCCCUGGACGAGGACGCCGGUUCCCACGAGUGCUCCGCCUGCGUUUGGAGGGAACAAAGCAAAGUGCUGAGGCUGGAGACCAUCAAGUCGCAGAUCUUGAGCAAGCUGCGUCUGAAGCAGGCGCCCAACAUCAGCCGGGAGGUGGUCAACCAACUGCUGCCUAAGGCGCCCCCGCUCCAGCAGCUCCUGGACCAUCACGACUUUCAGGGAGACGCGUCCUCCCAGGAUGAGUUUAUGGAGGAGGACGAGUACCACGCCACCACGGAGUCCGUCAUCACCAUGGCUUCUGAGCAAGAAGGACUUCAAACGCGAUCCUGUUCCACGCGCACGUCAAACCCAAUCACCCUUUCACGGUUAUACUCGCUGCCUUUGAUGGUCGUGUGGGUUCACACAGUACAUUCUGAACUGGACCUGUGCCAGAGUUGCUUCUUAGUAUUCACUCAAGCGGAGCCACUGGUGCAGGUGAACGGGAAACCCAGCUGCUGCUUCUUCAAGUUCAGCCCCAAACUCAUGUUCACCAAGGUUCUGAAGGCCCAGCUGUGGGUGUAUCUGCGUCCUCUGCAGCAGACCUCCACCGUUUACCUGCAGAUCCUGCGGCUCAAGCCUGUGACGGAGCAGGGCAGCCGCCACAUCCGCAUUCGCUCGCUGAAGAUCGAGCUCAAUUCCAGAGUGGGACAUUGGCAAAGUAUUGACUUCAAGCACGUGUUGCAGAACUGGUUCAAACAGCCCCACACCAACUGGGGAAUCGACAUCAACGCCUUUGAUGAGAGCGGCAAUGACCUGGCUGUUACCUCGCUGCGACCCGGGGAGGAGGGGCUGCAGCCGUUCCUGGAAGUGAAGGUUCUGGAGACGACCAAACGCUCUCGAAGAAACCUGGGCCUCGACUGCGACGAGCACUCCAACGAAUCCCGUUGCUGUCGCUACCCUCUGACGGUGGAUUUCGAGGCCUUCGGCUGGGACUGGAUCAUCGCGCCCAAGCGCUACAAAGCCAACUAUUGUUCGGGCCAGUGCGAGUAUAUGUUUAUGCAGAAAUACCCGCACACUCACCUAGUGCAGCACGCCAACCCCCGCGGCUCGGCAGGGCCCUGCUGCACCCCCACCAAGAUGUCGCCCAUUAACAUGCUAUACUUCAACGAUAAGCAGCAGAUUAUCCACGGCAAGAUUCCUGGGAUGGUGGUGGAUCGAUGUGGCUGCUCUUAGGCUGCGGGGGAUGACACACGCUUGUGCACGUUCACCAUUCCCUCAAACCACCAUGAAUGCGAAUGGAGCUCUCCCCUGGCAACAGAACCCAUUCCUCGCCACCAGAUUUAAAAAAUAAAAUUAAAAAAACUAAAGAAAAUUAAAACACAAAGGGGUUCCAUUUCCUGAAAUUCAAAUGAUUCUAACUUGUAGAAAGUUCUGUGUGAAAUAGGAAUCCAAAAAAAAAGGGAGGGGGGGGGGACUGAGUCAUGGAAAUAUAGUACAUUAAGUGAACAUGUGGUGCAGCUUCAGAGAAUGAGACAAACAUAUGUUUGAUUUCUGGUGUUGUGUUUUUAAUGGCAUCUUUGUGAAAUGUCCUUUUUAGUGGAUGGAGAUGGCAGGAGACUCAAGUAUUUUUAGUCUCAAAUUUAAAGACAUUUUAGUUCACAAACACUCUUCCUCAUGAGUGAUCUACAAAAAAACGGGGGCAAACAUUUCAACCGGAAUCCACAGUUAACAAGAAGUUGAGAAAUCCGGUUCAAUGUUGUUUACAGAUGUCUCGAGAUGUAAUGUUUUGAGGAGAUCCAAAACCAAACCCUUAAUCUAUAACACCUUAGUGCGACAUUCUUGCAUAUCUACAAACCCUUUUCACUGCUGCUUUGAUGUAUUUUAUUUGGAGUCUUGUAAAAAAAGCAACAGCGUGAAUGGAAAGUAUGACUAGUUCAGCUUGAGCCGCUACUUCACAUGUACAGCUAAGGCCAAAAUGAUUCAUAUGCUGGUCAAGUCUUGAGUUGAAGUAGAUUUGUAUUUGAUGAAUGGUUGCCGUUUAGCUGCAAAUGACACAAGACAAAAAAAAAAAAAAAAACGAAUAUGAGUUUAUAUUAUGAAUUUUUUAACUUUCCUUUAAAUUAUUUACAUCCGUGAUAUUGUCGGCGCUAAACGAUAACCGUUCAAUUACCAACGUUGCACUUUAAGUCAACAUUUGGCAAAGGUAUGAAUCAUUUGAGACUUAUCUCUACAUCGGGAAGCCGAGCAUUCCUAAAUCCUGACAUGAUGGACGUCAACAAAAAUGUCCGAGUAAUUCUAACACAUGAGCGCAUGUCAUCAAGCUGCUUCACUGAAACAUGAAGAAGCCUCGUUCAAAUCAAAAGGAACCCAACUCCGAUAGCAGACUAGACAAAAGACAAUGUAGAUCAUGCCACUAACCGCCAUUUAGAAAACUGCAUUUUGCCCCCACUUUCCCAGUUCAUUCUCAUCGUGAAGAAUUGCUAUUGUUAGUGCUUGAAUACAGUAGAGAUUAGUACAGUAUGCUCAAAGUGUGUCUUUGUCUCCAGGAUGUCUUAGCAGAGAUAUCCAUUUGUUGUAAACGAAAGCACUAUGCUGUUGGAAAAAGGAAGAGCCUUCUGACAUUAUUAUACUGUAUAUAAAUGAUAUAUGUGUAUAUUAAAAUGAAAAAGGCAUAUGAAAAACUUUUUUGGAGGGGCACUCUACCUUACCAACAAUAAAUUUUGCACUAUGGCAUGAGGAGGUAAAGUGUUAUUUUGUGUUUUGACCAAGCACAAGCUAGCUUGGACGAUGUAGCCUCAAAGAAACGAUAGUCAGCUUCUGCCGAGGAACCCAACCAUGUGGAGAAACUAGCAAGGUUAUCACUCGUCACACUCGUCCUGGCUUUUGUCUGAAGCGGGGGGCCUGUCCACUCCACAGAUACAUUCAAUCCAUUCUGGAACCCCGGACGUCCUGUCCCAUGCCAGCGGCCUGAAAGGCCUCCUUUCCAAACCUUGGGUGACAAGUCAUAUGUGUAAUAAAAAUCUGCAUCGACGAAUACAGAAUGCUUUAACUGCAAAUGGCCCGCCCACCUACUUUACUACAAAGUUAGCGAGACUUUAGAGUCUGAUUUGCCUUUGUGUGUGUUUUAAGGGAAAGCGCCCAUGUAAGAAUGGGAGGAGUAUCCAGGGAUCGUUAGCCAAAGUAGAGGACGACAUGUUGUGUGCUGUAACUUGUGUUGUUAUCGCAGGAAUUAUGCUAGAACUUUUCAAAGGGAGGAAAUUGCUGUUAGGGGCAGUGGUUGGAAAAUAUUCAACUGGUCAAUUGUCUAUAUUUAUUAAAAUUAAUUACAGUCUGUCUACCUCACUUUAGCAUUCAAAAAAAAGCUAGCUUAAAAAAAAGGAUUAAAAUGUGUAAAUGAACCCUCAUGGCCCCCAAAAAGAGUAGAAGAAAAACCACAGGGUCCUCGUACUCUCAGGCUGGGAUGGACUUAUUGACAGAAUGACUGAUGCUCAUGUGUGCUCAGAAGAUGGAAAUUAGCUGUGCCCGCCAUGGCCUGACAAUUGCUCAAGCCAUUUUGAAAUGUAGUCUUUGUAUACUGGUAUGUGUGCGAGUGGUUUAAUAGAAAUAUAUGAGAGUAAAAAGCCUCUAUGUAAAUAACAACCCAAAUGUUGACAUUUAUGAUGUUUUGGACAGGUUCGCCGCUUCUAAUGUUUUUCAUUCUUUGUGUAGUUUUAAAUAAAUCAUCCCAACAUUGUAGUUUAAAGGUUGUGCAUAUGAAUAACUGUUCAAUUGUUAUGUUUGCCUUUGUUGUUUAUUAUCAUUUUUUCUUUUGUACAAUAAAUCAUUUAUUUAGCUUA